CGCCAUUUUUUGAACAGACAUGUCGUUGAUUCAGAAAAUUAUUGGCAAGAGGAUCCUAUUUAUCACUAUUCUACGAGGCAAUUUCAAAUUUCGUUUUGUGAAUGCAAAGUCAUCAGCUUCCCAAAAGAGUUGGUACCUCUCAGUUCCGGAAAAAAAGAGAGGAAGUUCUAAACACGCUGUCUAAAAUACGAAAACAAGGUGGUCGCGCUUCAGAUUACUAUUCUCUAAAGGAAGACUGCGACGAAGACGAUAGCCAUAAAACCGAUGACUAUUCUUCGGAAACUGGAGAAGGAGAAGCAACCUUCUCCAUCUCCGAAAUUAAAAAAAUGAAGAGACCUACAGAUAAUGCCAGAAGUGAUUGGAAGGAACGAAAAUCAACCAAGAGACAAGCAGCAGAACCGACACCUGUAAAAAGAAUCGAUUCAGCCUUUCUGUUUCCUAUUCCAAAAAGCAACCAACAACCAGAAUCUAAUCAAGUAGAAAAAUCACAAAAGGAGAAUCACGAGGUUUCGAGAAGACUAGUUGCUGAUGAACUCCUAAAAGAACUGGAUAGUAGCGAUGAAGAAGGUAAGAAAGAGUACACGAACUCUGUAGAAUGGAUCCAGAAAAGUAUGGAGGAUACACUUGAAUACAACGAAUUUGAUUCAGCUCAAGUUAUCAUGGAAGCUACUGAAACUGAGCAAAAAGUUUCCACCGAGAAUACUCAGUUUUCCCCCUCUUCUGAGCAAAAUCUGUACAAAAAGUCCCUGAGCAAUAGCGAGUCGCAAAAUAUUGAUUCUAUGAACUUGAGUCAACACGAAGAAGAAGGUGAAAGAAGCUACCUUAUGUAUGAACAUAACUCUGUGCAAAAUAUCUUUCAAGCUGAUAGUUCACAUUAUGUACCAUGCUAUACGGAGAAUGAUGAAAUACGAUUCUUCUGGUAUGAUAUUGAAGAAGCCGUUUCUGCUGGAGGGUCAUCACUCUUCCUAUUUGGGAAAGCUUUAUUCUAUGAAUCGGAUGAUAAGUUACAGCAAAAAGAUGGCAAAUCCAGACAAAUUCUCAAGAAUGUGUGUCUCCAUCUUCCUAAUCUUGAUAGGGUGCUGUACUUUGCACCUCGCUGGGAUACUCUUCAACAAGAUUCAAUACAAAAUGAGAAUGAUGCAGUUGAAUUGAUUCGAUCGCAAGUAUUUCCUGAAGUACAACAAAUCACAACCCCUUUGGUGCCUCGGUUCUUCGCAAAACCUGUGACUCGAAUACAUCCGUUUUUAGACGACCCGCGUGUUCCAAAAUAUGAUGCUUACUAUUUGAAAGUUAAAUAUCCAUUUAAAUAUGCUCCUCCGUCCAAGGAACUGGCUAUCCAAGGUGGAAAGACCUUCAAUAGAAUUUUUGGAACCACAACUACUGCAAUAGAAAGGCUUCUGUUAAAGAAGAAGCUGAAAGGUCCUGGUUGGUUGAGACUCAAAAACGCAACGAUAUCCUCUAAUAUGCCUUGUUCUCUUAAAUGUUGUCUACAAGUGGAGAAUAUCGAGAACAUUGUUUUAGAAGGCAAGAAUGAGGUCCCUGUAGAAUAUUCCACUGCUUUGACAUUUUCUAUUCUUUGUCUUUCCUUUGUUUUUCAAUGGAACGAAGAAACCAGUUUACAUGAGAUCAUUGCAGUUACAGGAAUAUUCUACCCAUUCAUACCAUUUGAAUUCUUUCAGAGCAGUGUUCUUCAUUCAACAUUACAAAAGUAUAUUUUUAGUAUCAUUCGUCCUUUGAAAAAUCAGAGUUUUCCUCCAGAGUUUGAGAAAAUGACUUCUCGAAGUGGACAUAUUGAAACAGUUGCAAAUGAAGCACAACUACUACAUAAUUUCUUAGAAAAACUUUCCAGCGCCGAUCCUGACAUUAUAUUAGGCCACGAUCUUCAGUCGUUUCAACUUGAUAUUCUCUUGCAUAGGCUUGCACAUCUACAGACGCCAAACUGGAGCAUUGUUGGACGUUUGAAACGAAGCAAAAAACUGGAAGACUAUCUGUACUCGCAGAAAAACAGUAGACAAGAAAGAACAAAACGGGAAUCUUAUUAUUACAUGAAAACUUUAUUUUCCGGCAGACUUAUUGCGGAUACUUUGAUAGCGUCAAAGGAACUGUUGCCACGAGAAACCAAUUAUGGCUUAUCUCACUUGGCAAAAUCAACUGGUGUGGAUACCAAACUGGUUUCUCUUCCUGAUGCACGUCAAACACAAACAUAUUUCUCAUCAGCUCAGAACUUGAGAGAACUUUUGGACUUGAAUACCUGCCAUGCGGCAGUUUCUUUUCAACUUUGUUGCAAGCUUGCUGCAUUAUCGUUAUCACUAGAGUUGGCUUAUAUAUCGGGUUAUCUCUGGUCAAAUUGUUUAUUCUUCACUCGAGCAGAACGUGUCGAAAUUCUCUUAGCUCAUGCGUUCAAAGAACUUUUUCCAAAAGCCAUAUUACCAGACAAACUUGACCGGUCAAAAAAGGAGCUGCUCCAAUUAGUUCUCAAGUCUGAAAAAGCAGAGGAACAAGAAACCGUCACAGAGAAGGUUGUUGAAGGAAGAACUUCUAAACGAAAGGCGAAAUACGAAGGCGGUCUCGUACUAGAACCCAAAAGAGGGCUGUAUGACUCGCUCAUUUUACAAUUAGACUUCAACUCACUAUACCCGUCUAUCAUUCAAGAAUACAACCUUUGUUUCACGACAACUAUUUUGUACGAUUCGUCUUUUCAGAAUUUGGAAGACGUUGUUAUUCACACCAAGAAGAAAGGCGUCCUCCCUCUAGUAUUAGAGAAACUUGUUCAAAGACGAAGAGAAGUUAAGGAUCUUAAACAGAAGACAAAGGAUAUUAAUCGUCAACAGCAAUUAAACAUUGAACAAGCAGCAUUGAAACUGACAGCAAACUCUGUAUAUGGUUGCUUAGGGGCGGAGCACUCACGCUUUGGAGCACAAACUCUUGCAGCACUAGUGACUCAGUUUGGCCGGGUUACUUUAGACAAGACAAUCAAAAUUGCCGAGAGGUGUGGUUUUGAAGUUAUUUAUGGGGAUACAGACUCGAUGUUUUUGAAUACUGGAGUGAAAGAACUGGAUGCAGUUUUAGAAAAAGGUCGAGUAUUGAAACAUGAAGUUAAUCGCAAUUUUCGUUCGUUGGAAAUUGAUGUGGAAGCAAUUUAUACUCGAAUGCUUCUCUUGCAGAAGAAACAUUAUGCAGCUAUGCGUUUGGUUGAUCCUGUUUCAAGACCUGGAGAAACUAUUUUGGAGGUCAAAGGUGUUGAAAUGGUUCGACAUGAUUGGUGUCCUGCAUCGAGAGAACUGUCUCUUCAAGUAGUUGAACUUCUCCUAUCCUCUAAAUUUGAGAGGGAAGAAUGUGUUCACAAAGUCAUAUCUUGUCUGCGCUUUUACAUUGAACAAGUUCGUCAGGGUAACGUUCCAUUGGAAAAGUUUGUAAUUACCAAGUCUUUAACGCAGAAACCUUCCGACUACAGUAAUGACACAAAUAACCCACAUGUGGAGGUUGCAAAGAGACUCAUCUGUAAAGGUUUUCCUUUACGUACCGGCUCAUAUAUUCCAUAUGUUAUGUGCAAACGAACAGAAAAUGGCUAUCAGCGGACAUCUGAUACUACACCCGUUCCUUAUCAUCCAUCUGAAUUAGAUGAAGCCGCCGUUAAACUGUCGAUUGAUACGGAAUGGUAUAUUGAUACUCAAUUACUUCCACCAGUUUUACGACUUUGUGAACCAGCAUUCGAUGAGGCGGAAAAAGAUCAGCUGUUGGAAGCUUGUGGAAUAUCAACGGCAACUCGCAAGUCUUCAGGUACACAUUCUUAUGAAAACUGUCACAUUUUCCAAAAGAUAGAUGCAGCAAUAGAGAAGCAGACAUUUUUGCCAUGGAUGAUAUGUUGUCCAUCAUGUUCCUGUCAAGUUGACUUUUUUGAAGUAACUUCAACAAAGGAGAUGAAAGCCAACAUACUAAAAUGUAUGGGCUGUGACAAAGAUUAUUCUUUGGGUUUCCUUGUUAAUAGUCUUCAUAAAUGGCUACGAUGUCUAGAGCGACAGUAUUAUGAUUCAUUUUGGUCCCAUGUAAAACGUACUGAGGAUUCAUGGUUGGAUAGAAAGAUAGGCUUGCGUAAGGAACAACUGUAUCAAACCUUAUUGGAGUUGCUUUGUCGAUUGGAUUCAGGUUCAAUCACGGUGCCUUCCAAAUAGAUCAUGAACAAUAUCGAGAUAAACUGGGAAACAUGGUU